CUACACCAGAUAUACAAGCCUAUCGCGGAGUAAGAUACAGUAUAUACAGCCGCACUAUGAGUGACGACCAAGUGCAAUCGUUGUUUGAGAUCACUGCUUCCUGUGUGUCAGAACACCUAGGCCGUUUCUCUAAGCAGUCAAUUGCAGAUAUGCCUGUAACAGUGCUCUCCAACAUAGUGAAUUUUCUCUCAGCUCAACACCUGGAUGAACAUGAAGAUAUUUUUGAAAGAAAUGGAAUCGAAGUGUCCCGUGCCUGGCUUGCACACCUGAUGAAGCGCUGGAGUUGUAGGUAUCAGAACCGUGUGCCCAUCUUCAGAAUGCCACAACCCCCAGAUUACAAACACAGCUACUUCCAGAAACACUUCCAGGAUUGCUUACAAGCAUACUUGAAUGAUUCUGCUUUUGAUCCUUCAACACCUCUACGGCAACCUCUGCGAAAUGAGCCCACCUUUUUGGCAAAACCAAUGGUUAUGUCUGUUUUGGAGAAGGACUUGAAGAAGUAUGCUAGCUAUGCAAAUUGUCUCAUCACACGCAGCACGUUGUGUCGUGGGAUAACAACACAGUCAAACAUUAUGAAGACUUUGAGAGAAUCCACAAAGGUGUUGGAAACAUUUGUCCCCCAUUUCUCAUACAAUCAAGUUGCUGUAGUAGGAGAGUUCAUUAAGCUGUUCCAAGAUUUAAGACUUAAUGGUUGCCUAGAAGAACUACAUAUUCAUGUUUCUAAUUCAAAGUUCCAUGAAACUUUCAUUGAAAUUGUUCGAGAGUGUGCAGGACAAAGUGUUUGUUCCCUGAGACCAAAUAUAAAAAAUAUAAUCCCUUUUGUACUGGGCCCUCGGUCGCCUUCACAAACCAACUUUGUUCCAGAGGGUGAUAAUACUUCGACAGAAGAUCUUUACGAUGAAGCAUUAUCAACUUUACCCUCAAGGAAGAGUGAAAAAGAAUUUCAGGAGCUUUUGGAGGCCACAGAAAGACAAAAUGGGGAUGGAAACAGUGCAAUUUAUUCAGCUGCGUGUCCUGACUGUCCAAAAGCUGAAGAUGCUUCACAAGAGAGGCAGCUGAAGGGUUUUGCGUGUUAUGAUGUUCAUUGUUGUGGUGAAACAGCCCGUGAGCUUGCAUUCAUAUUGAUGACCUGGAACAAGCUAGAAAGACUAGCCAUUCAUUACUUUGGAAGUGCUGGAUCAGAUAUUCAUGUUACUGAAGAGAAUGACCCAGACUUUGCUCUCCUGUGCCAAGUCCUGCUACACAAAGUACGUCAGCAUCAACUUACACAGUUAGUCCUGGUGGAACACGCUGUGCAGCAUGGCCCACUCCUAGCCAUUGUCAAGUUCUACACCAGCCUCAUUGGUGUUCUCAACCAACAUUAUGCAAUAUCGUCCUAUCAGGAGAGGCCUAUGCAGUAUCUGCGGAUUCCAGUUGUGUGUGCAAUGGAAGACACCCAGCUGUUUGGAGGACAUAAGAUUAAUCAACUAGUGCGAGCUGUAGAGGAUUUGAAAGUUGAAGUAGACCCAGCCUAUCCACAAAAUCGUGACAUGGCAGCUCAGCACAUGGCUGCUUUUAUAACCAGUUUUAUCCGGUUUGAUCUCGCCUUGACUAGCCUGACAAUUAAAGACUCGGCUGCAUAUGGUUUCAGAGCCACGGAUGAAGAUAUUCUCACUAUAUGCUCAGCUGUUACAGAAAAUGAACAGAUUACUGUUUUGGAACUGGAUAUCAACCUCACCAGCCAGAUAGCUGUGAGGGCUGUGGUGGAUAUGCUUGGCAGCAAUGAGAGCCUGACAAAAGUAAACUUGAUGCGGAUAAGUGUUGACUGGGAGGAAGAGGAGGUAAGAGAUUUACAAGAAAGAUUGAUAUCUGUUGUAAAAGAUCAUCAAAAGUUAAAUUCUCUGACUUUAAAGGGAAGACUUGGACGAGCUUUGAAAGGAACCUUCCUUGUAGGUUUUGUUGUGUCUUUGUUUCAAGGAAAUAACCUGCCAAAACUGAAGUAUUUGGAUAUCAGUGAAUCGGGCCUGACAGUAGAUGAUGUGUUUAGAAUGGUAGCAGAGUUGAAGAUGUCGCCUUGUGCUAAAUACUACCCUGCGUUGGAACUCUUCUCCCUGAGAAACACUGUAAAAUAUCCAAAUGUGUCACUGAACAAGCUGACUCUUGUCAAACGGGAACUGAAAUCUAUUGCACAUAAUGUGGAAAUAACAUUUGAAGAAAUGUUUCAAUUUCAAGCAGAGAUGAUGGCCCAGGUUUAGUAUGACAUGCUGUUCAUUGUGCCAUUGCUGCAUGUCAUUGGU